GCUCCUCUCUUCCUUUCUCCGCCAUCGUGGUGUGUGCAUUUCUCCGUUUCUCGCCAUGUCUUCUCAUAAGACUUUCAGGAUUAAGCGAUUCCUGGCCAAGAAACAAAAGCAAAAUCGUCCCAUUCCGCAGUGGAUUCGGAUGAAAACUGGUAAUAAAAUCAGGUACAACUCCAAAAGGAGACAUUGGAGAAGAACCAAACUUGGUCUGUAAGAAAUUACACAUGUGAUGGCACACAUAUUUAUGCUGUCUGUAGGUCACAGUCGUGUUACCAAAUCAAGCUGAAAAAUGUCACCGCCAUCUGGAGAAGUUUGAACAGUUUCCUUUCUGUAUCUGUUAUGAAGGCAUUAG